AUGUCAGCAUUCAACGAUUACUGCGUAGUGUGCCAGCGUCUCAUCGACGGCUCCAGCACACUUUACUGCUCGCAGGCAUGCUGUGGGCGCGACGUGGGCUCCGAGCGGCGCAAGAGCGUGGUGGAGAGCCUGGUGGCCACUCCGCAGCUGUGCCCCGUCGAUUUCGAAGCCGGCAACGAUUCCGAGGAUGAGGACCUUCCGGAUCUCGACUACAAUGCCACGGUGCCGACAACGCUAAGCUCUCCGAGAGCUAUUGAAAAGGGAGGCCAGGACGGCUACUUCUCGCUGGUUUCCGAAAUGUACCUCGAUCACACUGCAGAAGAUAACUACAAGCUGUGGCUGAACGCCAGGGCCCUAUGA